GAACGUGGCCGGGAACGUGGGGGAGGGCCAGAUGGCGACAGACUCUGUUCUCUCGAGGGAUUUUACCUUAAUCUCGCACCCGGGAAUUUCCACGUUGUUCCCCGAAGGGCUCCCUCAGGCCUGAGCCAGCGGACGGGCGAGGUGCCGCGCGCCCCGUCCGGCUCUUCCCGGCUCUUCCCGGGCGGCUCUGCCCGUGUCCGGCGUGCGCUUCUGGGCGGCGUGUUCAGGAUUGUUCGAGUGGAGGGUUUCCCGGCCUUUUUUUGGUCUUUAAGUUGUCGGAGUAUAUUGAGAGUCAUUGAAAAGUUUCCGGCAGAGGGGUAUUGCCAUCAGGGAGUCGGCAAAGGUAGUUGACCAAGCCCAGAGGAGGGUGUUGAGAGGAGUCGAUGACCUGGACUUUUUCAUAGGGGACGAGGCCAUAGAUAAGCCCACGUAUGCCACAAAGUGGCCAAUAAGACAUGGAAUAAUUGAAGACUGGGAUCUAAUGGAAAGGUUCAUGGAACAAGUGAUUUUUAAAUACCUUCGAGCUGAACCUGAGGAUCAUUACUUUUUAAUGACAGAGCCUCCACUGAAUACACCAGAAAAUAGAGAAUAUCUUGCAGAAAUUAUGUUUGAAUCAUUUAACGUGCCAGGACUCUACAUUGCAGUUCAGGCGGUGCUGGCCUUGGCUGCAUCUUGGACGUCUCGGCAAGUUGGCGAACGCACGCUAACGGGGAUCGUCAUCGACAGCGGGGACGGGGUCACUCACGCCAUCCCAGUGGCAGAAGGUUAUGUAAUUGGAAGCUGCAUCAAACACAUCCCGAUUGCAGGUAGAGAUAUUACCUAUUUCAUUCAGCAGCUGCUAAGGGAGAGGGAGGUGGGAAUCCCUCCCGAGCAGUCAUUGGAGACCGCAAAAGCCAUCAAGGAGAAAUACUGUUACAUUUGCCCGGACAUAGUCAAGGAAUUUGCCAAGUAUGACGUGGAUCCCCGGAAGUGGAUCAAGCAGUACACGGGCAUUAAUGCGAUCAACCAGAAGAAGUUCAUUAUAGACGUUGGCUACGAAAGAUUCCUGGGGCCUGAAAUUUUCUUUCACCCAGAGUUUGCCAACCCAGACUUUAUGGAGUCCAUCUCGGAUGUCGUUGAUGAAGUAAUACAGAACUGCCCCAUCGACGUGCGCCGCCCGCUGUACAAGAACGUCGUUCUCUCAGGAGGCUCCACAAUGUUCAGGGACUUCGGACGUCGACUGCAGAGAGAUUUAAAACGAGUGGUCGAUGCCAGGCUGAGACUCAGCGAAGAGCUCAGCGGUGGCCGGAUCAAGCCUAAGCCCGUGGAGGUUCAGGUGAUAACGCAUCAUAUGCAGCGCUAUGCGGUGUGGUUUGGAGGCUCGAUGCUGGCCUCAACUCCCGAGUUCUUUCAGGUGUGCCACACCAAGAAGGACUACGAGGAGUAUGGCCCCAGCAUCUGCCGCCACAACCCUGUCUUCGGAGUCAUGUCCUAGUGUUCGCGUCGACGGCGUCUCCCGGUCACGCGGCGCCGGGCUGAGACCGCAGCUCCUGUACAUAGUGGCGUCCGGUGUCGAUGUCGAGAAGCGUGCUUGCGUCGCCGAAUGCAUGAGGCGGUUCCGUGCACGCCCCCCGUGUGCCCGCCAUCCGACGGCCGCCCUCCCUCCCCUCGCCCCCCCCCCGCCUCCCCGCCUCCCCGCCUCCGAGCUUCUAGUCCGCGGGGAAUUCUGAAGGAAUUCACCUGCGACUUUAAAAAUGGUGAGGAAAUCCCCCCAGAAGAUGGCGCAAACUGGUCCCCGCGGGAAAGAAUAUGGGGCUGCACCCCCUUUUCCUCCCGGCCCAUUUUUGUAAAUAAAACAUUAUAAACUUGAAAUACAAAUUGAUGUUUAUAUUUCCUAUUAUUUUGUAUUUCCUGGUAUUUGGUACAACUGGCCGAGCCUAAGCACGAAUAGAUUUUGGUGUCUUGGAGUUGCUGUAAAAAUGUUUCUACUUGUGAGGCAUGUUCUGAUGUGUCUGUAGGCAAACAAAACAAAGCAGCAAACUUUUUUUGCCACAUGUUUGCUAGAAAACGAUCACGCUUUAUUGGCGUCACAUGAAGUUUCCAUACUAAACGCUGUUGUACGAGAAUCAUUGCAGAUAAUGUAUCUCUUCAUUUUCCUGUUUGACCUUUCUGGAACUGUUUUAUAGAAGACGCUGGUUUGCCGUUGGAGUGUUGGAUGAAAUGCUACCGUGCACCGUUGUAAUAAAAGCGGUUAGACUCUUUAUACAGA